AGCUACGAUUUCAAUACGGACGCAAACGCACGCGACACAGGACCAGCUCCGUUAGCAUGAGCUCGUCGGGCCAGCUCAAGCGCCUGUUCCAGCUCCUAGUGAGCAACCUCCUCGCCGUCGUGGCGGUGCCGCUCGCCGCCGCGGCGCUGCUCAAGGCGGCGGAGCUAGGGCCCGAUGAGCUGCUGGCCCGGGUGCGCGCGCUCAGGCCCGUGCACAUGUUCCUGGCCACGUUCGUCCCGGCCGCCGCGAGCAUCGUCUACCUCAAGCUCCGACCACGCACGGUGUACAUGGUGGACUACGCGUGCUUCCGCCCGCCGCCCAACUGCCGCGUCCCGUUCGCGGCGUUCCAGGAGCACGCCCGCGUGUGGCCGGGCUUCGACGAGCGCAGCGUCCGGUUCAUGACGCGGCUGCUGGAGCGGUCGGGGCUGGGGGAGGAGACGUGCCUCCCCUCCGCGCAGCACUACAUCCCGCCGUCCCGCGACCUGGAGUCCUCCCGCGCCGAGGCGGAGCUCAUCAUUUUCUCCGCCAUCGACGACCUGCUGGCCAAGACGGGCGUGUCCCCGCAGGAGAUCGACAUCCUGGUGGUGAACUGCAGCCUCUUCGCCCCGACGCCGAGCUUCGCCGACAUGGUGGUGAACCGGUACGGGCUGCGCACGGACGUGCGCAACGUGCACCUCGCCGGGAUGGGGUGCAGCGCGGGGCUCAUCUCCGUGGGCCUGGCGAGGAACCUGCUCCAGGUGGCGCCCAAGGGGUCCAAGGCGCUGGUGGUGUCGACGGAGACCAUCACCCCGAACUACUACAUGGGGAAGGAGCGCGCCAUGCUGCUGCCCAACUGCCUGUUCCGCAUGGGUGGCGCGGCGGUGCUGCUCUCCACGAGCGGCGCCAACGCGCGGUUCCGGCUGGCGCGGGUGGUGCGGACGCUGACGGGGGGCAAGGACGGCGCGUACCGGUGCGUGUACCAGGAGGAGGACGACCGCGGCAACGUGGGGAUCAACCUGUCCAAGGACCUGAUGAGCGUGGCGGGGGACGCGCUGAAGGCGAACAUCACGGCCAUGGGGCCGCUGGUGCUCCCGGCGUCGGAGCAGCUGCUGUUCGCGGCGUCCUUCAUCGCGCGCAGGGUGGUGAACAGAGGGGUGAAGCCGUACAUCCCGGACUUCCGCACGGCGUUCGAGCACUUCUGCAUCCACGCGGGCGGGCGGGCGGUGAUCGACGAGCUGCAGCGCAGCCUGACUCUGUCGGACGAGCAGGUGGAGGCGUCCCGGAUGACGCUGCACCGGUUCGGCAACACCUCCAGCAGCUCGCUCUGGUACGAGCUCGCCUACGUGGAGGCCAAGGGCCGGAUGCGCCGGGGCGACCGCGUGUGGAUGAUCGGCUUCGGAUCCGGGUUCAAGUGCAACAGCGCCGCGUGGGAGUGCAUCCGCCCGCCGCCGGCCAACGGCGGCGCCGGCGGGCCCUGGGCCACCUGCGCACACCGGUACCCCGUGGAGAUCCCGGACGUGCUCAAGCAUUAAGCCAAACCAACCGGGCUCUUGCUCUCUUCUCGUGCACAUUCCUACACACACGUUCGGUUCACCCGUACGUACACAAGAAAAAAAAAAGACGCCACACGUACACACUAGCCGGUAGACACUAGCUAGCUACUCCACCGAUCGAUCUGUGGCUCUGUACUCGUACCUACGUAACAACAACAACUAUUCAUUGCUGCA